CGCGCACUUUCCGAGGGCCAAAAAACCAAAACCACCGCCUGCUUUUUUUGUUUGUUAAAUUCAACACAAACGUAUAGAAGGAGAAAUGCUGCUUUCUCAUUUCUCUCCGAAGUCUCCGCUUUCACUCCGUUCGCUCAUUUCCUCGUCCUCUACUUCUUAUUCUUCCCUUCUUCCGCGGCCCAAGUUCCGAUUAGACCCUUCCUCUCUCGGGAAAUCUCACUUCUCGACUUCCUUCGCAUGCCGUCGCCGCUGUGUCAGCUCGUGUAGUAGCGACAGAGUCUCCAUGGAAUCCGCCACGUCGUCCGUCGACGCCGUGACGGCCGAUUUCAAGAACCAGAGCCUUAGCGUCGAGGGGAAUGGCGCGGGGAAGACUGGAGGAUUGAAGCUCGAGGAUCUCAAUUGGGACAAUUCGUUCGUCAAGAUAUUGCCCGGGGAUCCGAGAAGCGAUCCACUUCCUCGUCAGGUUUAUCAUGCUUGUUAUACGAAAGUUAGCCCUUCGGCGGAGGUGGAGAAUCCGCAGCUGGUUGCCUGGUCAGAGUCAGUUGCUCGGUUCCUUGAUUUGGACUUAGAGGAGUUUGAAAGGCCAGAUUUCCCAUUGUACUUCUCAGGGGCAUCGCUUAUGGCUGGCUCGGUGCCAUAUGCUCAGAACUAUGGAGGGCAUCAGUUUGGAAGCUGGGCUGGUCAGUUGGGUGAUGGUAGGGCAAUAACCCUAGGGGAGGUCCUGAACUCCAAGUCCGAAAGAUGGGAGCUGCAGCUCAAGGGUGCUGGAAAGACUCCAUACAGCCGAUUUGCUGAUGGACUUGCAGUGUUGCGGAGUAGUGUUCGAGAGUUCCUUUGCAGUGAGGCAAUGAACCACCUGGGGAUCCCAACCACCCGUGCACUUUCUCUUGUGACGACUGGGAAAUUCGUUACCCGGGAUAUGUUUUAUGAUGGCAAUCCCAAGGAUGAACCUGGUGCGAUUGUUUGCAGAGUAGCCCCAUCAUUUCUACGAUUUGGUUCGUACCAACUACAUGCUUCCAGAGGGAAAGAGGAUCUUGAAAUAGUUCGGGCUCUGGCAGACUAUGCCAUUAAGCACCAUUUCCCUCAUAUUGAGAAUAUGACUCAAAGUGAGAGCUUGUCUUUUACUACUGGGGAAGAUGAGGAUUCCAUUGUUGAUCUAACCUCUAAUAAAUACGCAGCAUGGGCAGUAGAGAUCUCCGAACGCACUGCUUCCUUGUUUGCAAGAUGGCAGGGAGUGGGUUUUACUCACGGAGUGCUCAACACAGACAACAUGAGCAUACUGGGUCUAACCAUUGAUUACGGUCCAUUCGGUUUCUUGGAUGCUUUUGACCCUAGUUUUACCCCAAACACGACAGAUCUUCCCGGAAGGAGGUACUGUUUUGCAAAUCAACCUGAUGUUGGUCUAUGGAACAUUGCUCAGUUCGGAGCUGCUCUCUCUACUGCUGGGUUGAUCAACGAGAAGGAAGCAAACUAUGCCAUGGAAAGGUAUGGGACUAAGUUCAUGGACGAGUAUCAAGCUAUAAUGACGAGGAAACUCGGUAUUCCCAAGUACAACAAGCAGUUGAUUGGUAAGCUACUGAACAACAUGGCUGUGGAUAAAGUCGAUUACACCAAUUUCUUCCGGACGCUCUCCAACCUCAAAGCCGAUCCAAAUCUCCCGGAAGACGAACUGUUGGUUCCAUUGAAGUCUGUGCUGUUGGAUAUUGGCAAGGAGCGGAAAGAGGCAUGGACUACCUGGGUGCAGUCCUACAUUCAAGAGCUUGCUGCUAGUGGAAUUUCAGACGAGCAGAGGAAAGCCCAGAUGAAUUCAGUAAACCCGAAGUACAUCCUCCGCAAUUACUUGUGCCAGACAGCCAUCGAUGCAGCCGAAGUGGGAGACUACUCGGAGGUUGCUGCAAUUUCGACUCCCCCUUCCGGAGACGACACUUGCCCGGUCAUUGUUCGACGAAAUGCCGCAGUGAGCUGUGGAAAAGUCCAGCAGAGUUUUGGAGAGGGGAUGAGGUUGCCGCGGAGUCUAAACGUCUGGAAGAUGGGAACGGUGAACUACUUGGAGGCGCUGAAGUUGCAGGAGAAGUUGGUCACGGAGAGGAAAGCCCAGAAGAUUGGCGACACGCUUCUCUGUUUGCAGCAUCCUCCAACGUACACUCUUGGGAAGCGACGAACGGAGCACAACUUGCUCAUCUCCGAGUCCGAACUGAGGAACAUAGGAGCGCAGCUCCAUUACACCGAGAGAGGUGGAGACAUUACCUACCACGGCCCUGGUCAGGCGGUGCUGUAUCCGAUUCUGUCUCUUCGGGAGAUUGGAUUCGGGGCAAGGAAGUACGUCGAGCAGCUUGAGCUUACUAUGAUUGAGCUGGCGUCGCUCUAUGGAGUGAAGGCUUCUGUUGGGGAAAAAGGGGAAACUGGGGUCUGGGUCGGAGAUGGCAAAAUUGGUGCCAUUGGAGUUCGUAUCUCUGCCGGGAUCACUUCUCAUGGACUGGCGUUCAACAUUGACCCGGAUUUGAACUACUUCAAGAACAUUGUGCCGUGUGGGAUUGCGGAUAAGCGAGUUACUUCCCUGAGGGAGGAGACAGGUACUGUGCUUCCUACUGAAGACAUUGUUCAUGAUCAGUUGAUUUCUUGUUUUGCCAGACUGUUUGGUUUUAGUAAUCUUGUCUGGAAGGAAAAUGGUUCCUGUCCUGAAACCAAAGAUUUGCGAUAG